AUGGCAAAAUUAGUUCGAACAAUAAAACAACUAUUUAGUUCAAAUACUCGUGAAUCAUUAGCUAAAUUCGUUGGAACUGAUCAAUUUCAAAAUAAAUUCUAUGAACGUUUACCCGGUAAUCGACAUUAUAAUUCAUCUAGACGAUUUUAUGAACCAGCAAACUAUUCAGAUGUUCGACUACAUAUUGAUCCAGCUUGGGAAGCUUGGUUAAGGGGUACUCGAAAAGAUCCUCCGACAUUUAAUGAAAUAAUUGCGCAAGAAAAUAGACGGCAACAAUUGUCAGAAAAACCAAUCGAUAUGUUGUCUACAAGUUAUGGGCGUGAUUCAGCACAAGGUGGAACAGGUUCAUAUCCAAUACAAGAUGAUUAUGAGAUUAGUCCAGGCACUAAAUCAAGAAAAAAACAGGAUCCUAAUGAAACACAUUGA